GGACAGCUAGGUACGAUCGUAGAGAACUCAAAACUUUCUCACAGGGCGGCUAUGGGACGAGGCGUGAAUCCAUGAUCGCUGCGUGCGCGGAGCUCCAAUCCAUCCUGGCGCGAUAGAUUCGAGGCAAGGAAAGGGAGAAUCGGUCAGCAUUCGAGCAGGGAAGGGUUUUAGGACGCCAUGGAUUGGAUCUAUCCACCGAGAUCCAGACGCUGGUGAAUCGAUCAGGAUGUAGCGAGCAAGCGAUCGUCGGUCAGCUAUGGCGGGAUUGGAAUUUGGUAAUGUUGUGGAAGAGCCGGUGAGGAGAGAGACCAAUCACGUAGGGCUCAUUCUAGCCCUUUCGUCUAGUGUGUUUAUUGGCUCCAGCUUUAUCAUGAAGAAGAAGGGAUUGAAGAAAGCGGGCGCCUCAGGAGUACGAGCAGGAGUGGGAGGCUAUUCUUAUUUAUUGGAGCCGCUAUGGUGGUCUGGCAUGAUCACGAUGAUCGUUGGCGAGAUUGCAAACUUUGCUGCCUAUGCUUUCGCACCAGCGGUUCUCGUCACUCCUUUGGGAGCACUCAGCAUCAUUGUCAGUGCGAUUCUAGCGGAUAUCAUGCUCAAGGAGAAGCUUGCUGGACUGGGAAUUCUAGGAUGUCUUCUCUGUGUGGUUGGAUCCGUGGGAAUUGUCUUAAAUGCUCCCGAAGAACGUAUCAUGAAUUCAGUGGACGAAGUUUGGCGACUUGCUACAGAACCAGCUUUUUUGCUUUAUGCACUGGCAGUCGUUUCUGUGGUUCUCGUGCUCACGUUUCACUUUGUGCCUCGAAUCGGCCAAACUCAAGUUAUGGUCUACGUUGGCAUCUGCUCCUUGAUGGGAUCUCUUUCCGUCAUGAGUGCAAAAGCUCUGGGAAUCGCCAUCAAGCUUACAUUCCAGGGCUCUAAUCAGCUUAUUUACUCGCAAACGUGGGUGUUUGGAAUGGUUCUUGUCACCUGUGUGGUCACUCAGAUGAACUACCUCAACAAGGCUCUUGACACAUUCAACACAGCGGUUGUGUCACCAAUCUACUAUGUAAUGUUCACGACGUUCACGAUUGUUGCUAGCGUGAUUAUGUUCAAGGUGAGAAGUUCACUCGAUGUUUUCCUUUAUCACAAGCUGCUAUUCCUAUUCCAGGACUGGGAUACACAGAGCCCUCGAAAUAUUGUCUCCGAGAUUUCUGGUUUCAUCACCAUACUGUCAGGCACCUAUUUGCUGCACGUAACGAAAGACUAUGGCAAGGACAACUCGAUGGGUGUUUAUACCAACCUUCCCUCUCAUAUAUAUUCUUCUCCGACGAGCUCUAAGCAAGACGUGGAGGCGCCCGGCGAAGAGAUGCCAAUGAGGCGUCAAUGAAGGAAAAAAAAAUUCAUACAAAGGAGUUUUUCACGCAUUUGUACAGUAAGAAUUUUUGGUAGUAAUGCGAUUGUUCUUUACAGAUUGGCAUGGAA